AUGCCUGAAACUGGUUCCAAAAAAUGCGCUCCGCCUCAACGAGUGCGUCAGGUCUGCAUUGGUUGCGUUCUCUACCGAAGUGUGAAAGCUGUGAGUGAAGAAGAUGACUGGACACAAGAAACCAAAAAAUAAUGUUCGCGUCGGCAUUGGUUGCGUUCUCUACCGAAGUGUGAAAGCUGUGAGUGAAGAAGAUGACUGGACACAAGCACAAGCACAAGGACAAAGCACGUCGGCAUACGAAGUCCUAGUGGGAAAGCGGCUCAACAGUCACGGUGCGGGAUGUUGGGCUUUGCCUGGGGGUCAUCUAGAAUGGGGUGAAACGUGGCAGCAGUGCGCAGCAAGAGAAGUGAGUUAUGUUGUAUCAUAUGCGUAGUGCCCCUUCCCCCCUUUACCUUACUUCAGACGGUAGUACCCCAUGAAUGGGUUCAACACUGCUUGAAAAGUCAAAAGUACUUCUGGAAGUAGUACUAGUGCAGUGGUCUACUUUACGCCUCUGGAGUGGGUACAUCUACAUUCAUUCACGCAGUCACUUACUCUUCUAAUUCCCGGAAGAAACAGCUGUCUCCUUGCCAGAAGAUAGCUUUCACCUCACCUGCGUAAGUAAUGACCGGAUGCUUCCAGAAAAGCCACAAGAAGGAGCUGAAACUGCGUCUGUCUGCACGCCAGAAAAACACUAUGUGACAUUAAGGCUUAGUGGUUAUUAUGUCUAUUAUUAACUAACUAUGUAUAUCAAGUAUAUUUAAGUUGAUAAGUAUUAGUUAUUUUUAUGUGCUUAGUAGAUGUUGUACUGGUAUAAUUGAUGACUACAGUAGUACAAGUAGAAGUAGAACCCAACUACAACUCGUCAAAGUCAACUCGUAGAAGGAGAUUGAUAGAAGGGUGAUAACAAACUCACGCUGAUGCACUACGUUACCGAAUUUUGAUUUUUUGCGAAGAAUCCAUGUAUCGAUUAUCCACUCAAUCCUUUUAUUUCCAAUGCCUCCCAACGCCAACAGCAACACCUCCUUUCUCUAAUCCCCCCCGUCUUUACCCAGCGAGCACUCCUUCUUCUAACAUACCUCUUUAUGGCAAGCUCCUUCGAGGGACACGACGAGAGCGAAAUCGAAAAUUUAGAGCCGCACAAAUGCGAAGGCUGGCAUUGGAUGACCUUGGAAAAGGCGGCGAAUGAACUCUCACCUCUCUUUCUUUCUUUAGAACACUUGUUAGCCCAGUAUAAGGAGGGAAAAUGGGCACCGACGUGUGAGAUUUGUAGUUGACAUUGUGGCUGUACUAGAAGAAGCACUCUGAAACUGAAAUGAUCGAACUACAACAAGCAAACGUAUUAAACGUUUGAGAAUAU